UUUGUCCGCAUGUAAAACCGUCUGCUGCAAAACUGACUCUGUAGCUUACUGCGGAUUAUCCACUAUUUGUAUUCCGUAGUUUUCACGCCUCUCCCGUCCAGUUUCCCUCCAACAGUUUUAUUUUUUGCACCCUCAGGAAUCAAGCAAUAUUCGGCAUGGCUUUUCAUAUUCCCACCCUCAGGAAUGUUGUGCGGUUGGGGAAGUGCAUCCCGACCAAAUGCAGUGUCAACAUUCAGUCUGUGAGACACUUGAACUUGCUUGAGUAUCAAAGCAAAACUCUGCUGGAAAAGUACAAUGUAACAGUGCAAAAGUUCAUAGUUGCAGACAAGAUUGAUGACACCAACUGUCUGUCAGCCAAAUUAAAGGCUGGUGAAUAUGUUGUCAAAGCUCAAAUAUUGGCAGGAGGACGUGGAUUAGGUGUUUUUGAUUCAGGAUUCAAAGGAGGUGUUCACCUAACUAAAGACCCUGUGAAAGCCAGGAAUCUUGUUGGGGAAAUGUUGAAUAGAAGGCUUAUUACCAAACAGACACCCAAAGAUGGCAUUCCUGUAAACCAUGUAAUGGUAGCAGAAUCAGUUGAUAUUUUAAGGGAAACUUACCUUUGCAUUCUGAUGGACAGAGAAUACAAUGGGCCUGUUAUUAUUGCUAGCCCUGCUGGUGGCAUGGAUAUUGAAGACGUCGCUCACAAAACUCCCGAACUAAUUAAAACCCUUCCAGUUGAUAUUUUCGAAGGGGUCACUGAUGCUAUGGCAAAUGAUCUUGCUGAAUUCCUUCUUUUCAAAGGGGAUUUGAAAAAGAAAGCAGCCCAAGAAAUAAAGCAUUUAUGGGAAAUGUUCCUUAAGGUCGAUGCAGUACAAGUAGAAAUCAAUCCAUUCGUCGAAACACCUCAAGGGCAAGUGGUAAGCGUUGACGCAAAGAUUGGUUUCGACGAUAACGCCAAAUUUCGUCAACAAGAAAUCUUCAGUAUGGAGGACACCACGGAAUGUGAUCCACGAGAAGUUGAAGCCAAUAAAUACAAUCUGAAUUACAUUGGCAUGGAUGGAAACAUUGGUUGUCUGGUGAAUGGAGCUGGUCUCGCGAUGGCCACAAUGGAUAUUAUUCAACUGUAUGGGGCAUCCCCUGCCAACUUCCUUGAUGUUGGAGGCACUGUUCAAGAGCAACAAGUGCUGCAAGCAUUCCAGAUUCUUACCUCAGACAAAAAUGUAAAAGCUAUUCUUGUAAAUGUGUUCGGUGGUAUUGUUAAUUGUGCUACCAUCGCCUCAGGCAUCGUUGGCGCUUGUAAACGCAUCGAAUUGAAAGUUCCGCUGAUUGUUCGACUUGAAGGAACCAAUGUGGAUGCAGCUAAGCAGAUCCUUAAAGAUUCUGGGCUUCCAAUUCAGAGUGCAAGUGACUUAGAUGAUGCUGCCAAAAAAGCAGUAGCCAGCAUCUAACCUUUCCUGAUAUUCUUAAUUUUUGUAUAUCUACCAUUAGAUUUAUGGACCAAACAUCUGUAGUUAAGAUUUAUAAAUAAAAUAAAGAUGUUGCAAUGAUAAUUGGAUACAUAUCAUGCAAUCAAAGAUA